GACACUCAGACGGUCCGACCCUCCACGAAACGAGCGAAGCAGGUGGGUUGAGAGGAAGGGGAGCGGCUGUUCAUACACCAGACCGGGUACCGCUGGGUGGUAACGUGAUUAGAAGACUUCAUUUGCCGGUUGGACCCCAAUUAGGAGCAACCUUUUCGUUUUGUGGCGAUAGGUGAGCUCCAGCUUUUAAAAAAAACUGGGCGCCAUGGUGAUGAGGGUGGAUGAGUGAAGGAGGCGGGCGUUGCAGCAGAAAGUCGGCAGAUAAGGAGGCCGGGCAAAGAUGUUUGAGGCCGACUCAGACCUAGCUGGUGGGGAGGUCGAGGAGGAGGUGGAAGCAGACAUGGGUAGCAGGGACCUGAAGGCUGAGGUGAUGCGGCUCACUCUGGAGCUCCAAGAGGCAACGGAGGAAAAGCUGCAGGCGGCUCGGUACGGACUCGUAGUGCUGGAAGAAAGCGCCGCUCUUAAGAGGAAGCACACGCAGCUGGAAGAGGAACACGAAUCCCUAAAGUUGGAGCUGCAGCAACUCAGAGAGGCUUUUGCAGAUUCUGUGAGCAGCCAGAAGCGUGCAGCUGCUGAUGGAGAGUGUCGGGAGGAGAGCCUGCUGCAGGAGACUGCCACUAAAGAGGCUGCCAUGGCAACCCGGAUGGAGGAAGUUCAGGCAGAGCUAAAACAGACUCGUCUUGCUUUGGGCAACGCCCACGCAGAGAUCGAUAGACUGGGGGGGCUCUCCACCCAGCUUAAGAAGGAAUGUGAAUGUCUGGAAGCAGAGAAGAACCAUUUAAGAGAUGAAAUGAAGGAAUAUAAAGUACGCGAGCUGCGACAGCUGCAGGAUAGCAGUGAGCUGGAGGAAGAGAACAUCUCCUUACAAAAACAAGUGUCUGUGCUAAAGGAAAAUCAGGUCGAGUUUGAAUCAAUAAAGCUUGAGCUAUCCCAGAAGAAUGAAGAACAAGACGAGCUGCGGGCACAGCUGGAAGAAGCUGCGAGGCUGAGGGAGAUUGCUGAGAGGCAGCUGGACGAGGCCCUGGAAGCCCUGAAAGAGGAGCGGGAGCAGAAGAACGGUCUGCGGCGGGAGCUCUCUGCUCUGACCCUGAACCCGUUUGAUUCCAUUGGGAACUUGGACCUCCAUUUGGACCCGCUGGAUGACAGUCAGGAGGAGGGCCAGGGAGGAGCAGGAGAGGCUCAGGAGGAGAACCAGGACGGCAGUCACACAAAUGGUUCUGCAUCCGCUCCCAGCUCCAAAAGCAACGGCCUCAGCCAUCGCUACUCCACACCGCGCAACAGCGACGUAUUCUUGCGUGCUCCAGCGUCGGGCUUGGUGUCCGACCUGCUGAGUGAGCUGCACUUUUCAGACAGUCAGAAACUGAAGCAGCAGCUCCUACAGGCAGAAAGGGAGAAAUCAAGUCUUGCUAGCAAAUUGGAGGAGCUGCAAAUGCAACUGAUGAUGUCCAAACAGGCACUAAGUCAGCAGGAGGACAAGGUUGGCUCUCUCACUAAGCAGCUGGAGGCGGUGCAGCAUCAAAACCAGGAGGCUGAGGAGACACAGAAGGUGGAGACAGGAGAGGAGGCUUCUGAGGGCUUCGACUACGAGGUGGACACCAAGAGCAAAGAGGUGCUGGAGGCACGAAUGCGCGCCGCCAGUGAAGAGCUCCUGAAGCUACGAGACGAAAUUUCACAGGCGGGAACUCGUUACAACACCCUUGAGCAGAGGUACAAGCAGGAGAAGGAGCGGUGGAGGGGCGAGGCCCAGGAGCUGGCCGACAAGAUCCGUCAGUGCAUCAAGUCCAGCAAGCAGGACCAGGAGCGCAUCAGUGAGCUGGAGAAGGAGAUCGGAGCCACACGGAAGGUGGCGACCGAUUCUGAGGGACACCUGAGCGUGGCACAGGAAGAGCUGCUGGCUUUCUCUGAGGAGCUUUCCAACCUCUACCAUCACAUCUGUGUGUGCAACAACAUAACACCCAAACGGGUCACCCUGGACUACUACCGGGACAGCGCCAGGGGAGGCGGAGGAGGGUUACGAAGGUCCCACCAUGUCUUCGCCCAGCACAACUCCCAGAAGAAGCCUCGGGCUAACGACAUGUUCAUCUCCAAAGCUGCAGCACUGCAGUUCAUGGGGGAGGUGGACAGCGCUGGAGCCAGCGGAGACUCUCUGACCUGUCCCGCUUCGCCCACUCUGGACUUCAGGGACCCCUCCAAUGUGUCCAACCUGGUUGCUGUCAUCCGUUGCCAGAUCAAGCACCUCAGGGUGGCUGUGGACCUCUGCCGUCAGAGAGGAGCGAUGCCCUACUCUGGUCUCAGCAGCAGCGACGAGUCUGAGCGGGACACUGAAAGUCUUUUGGAGGAAGUUCUGAAGCUCAAAUCUCUUCUUAGCACAAAGAGAGAGCAGAUUGCAACUCUGCGGACUGUCCUCAAGGCAAACAAGCAGACCGCUGAGUUGGCCUUGUCUAACCUGAAAACCAAGUAUGAGACGGAAAAAAGCAUGGUGUCGGAGACCAUGAUGAAACUGAGGAAUGAGCUAAAAGCCCUGAAAGAGGAUGCUGCCACCUUUUCUUCUCUCAGAGUCAUGUUUGCCAGUCGGUGUGAUCAGUACGUCACCCAGCUGGACGAGAUGCAGAGGCAGCUUGCAGCUGCCGAGGAUGAGAAGAAGACUCUGAAUUCUCUCCUGCGUAUGGCCAUCCAGCAGAAGUUGGCUCUCACUCAGCGUUUGGAGGACCUUGAGACUCCUCAGGCUCCCCGGAGCUUGAACAGCAGCCCCCGGCGGUCCCGGGCUAAAGAGCUGGCCACCAAGUCAGGUCGUGCCUCCCGGAGCCCCCGAAGCAGUCCCGGCAGGCCCCAGCUGAGGAGCAGUCCACGGGCCAGCCCCGUCCUUGGCAGCAGCGUUCCUGCCUCGGCCACCCACCACUUGCGAGCUCUAACCCGAAGUCUCCACACAAGCCCUCGCUGAAACACUCCCAUCACUCCAAAACCCCUCUACUCCAUAAGGACCAGUCUUCAUGUUUUGACCCCACCCUCUCUUCCUGAUUUGAGGCAUCCUGUCUAUCCCAGAUUUGACGCUGCAUUAAUUUCUCCCUACCUACCAGAACAAUGGAGUGAAAAAGACAUUUUUAAAAGGAAAAAAAAACGACUUCUCCAUCCCAUCCUCUUGGUGUUCUCUUCUGGGAGUGGAGAAACCUGCAUGCAGCCUGGAGGAGGAUGAAGAGACCAACCUGCUGCUCAUUUUUCCUCUCUCAUUGACCGUGUCUGUGUCUUGUCUUUUUCAACACUGUAUAUUGUGGCGAACCAUUGACAGUAUUUAUUCCAUAAACCAAACCUUUUUUAUUUCCUUGUACAGUAUUUCCUAUCCUGACUCAGAUUCAAGGCUGCGAUCUGUUCUCUGAAGCCGUUAAUGUCUUCACACCCUCUUGCCUCUAAUCUGGCAUCCUGCUCCGGCCUGUUUGGCAUUCCUUAGCGUUGGCAAGCUGUUAGCUCGUCUAGAAUAGCUCUCCCCAUCGACGCUUGUAAAGAGCAGCGGAGAUUUACAGGCAGGCUGAAGGGGAAGUAUCUGUUGUCCUUAAAUCCUUACCUCUUACAUGCAGUGCAGGCGCACUACCUGUCCUUUUUACCUUCGAACCUUUCUUAUUCUUGGACUCCAGCCUGUCAGCUAUGCCCUUUAACUAGAGGUCAGUAAACAGCCUUGUUUUAUGUGGAAAUGGAUCAGCCAUAAGUUCACCACCUCAGGUCAAAACCAUGUUUAUUCAGUUUGACUAAUCUUCAGUGAAGGUCUUACUUUACCAACUAUGCAGACCAAGCUAGAACAGUGCCUGAUUGCUGCUGCUGUUAACAUGGAGGUGGAUCCAUCCAAUCGGGACUUUUGGUUUAACACUGGCUGGCUGCAGCUUCGCUCUGAAAACCAUUCACCACGAUAAACCAUUAGAGGAGGGAGAGACUUCUUUAAGAAUCAAACUUCAGACAGAAAUGUCCCAAUAAAUUGUAAUAUUACCAAAAAGUGAUGAUGAUUGUUGCUUAAGGCUAAUAGAAAGCUUCGACAAAUUCAGGAUUGUUUUCCUGGUGACAUAGUGAAGGUUAAUGUUACCUGAGGCGGUCAAUGAGGAGCUUCGACUGAUCAGCAAACCAUAAGGCUAAAAUAAAAGAAAUAAAUUUUGACAUCUUUUAUUAGGACAUUUAAACUUCACAAAGAUAAACAAAGAAUAUAUACACACAUAGUUUUAAAUGGAAUAGGCAGAAGCGAAAGCUUAUUUUGCCUUAUUUUCUACAUCAAGUCAGUGAAUUUGUUUCAAAGCAAUGAAGACAAAUCAACGUUAAAGCCCAACUUUCCACAGAUGCAGGAAGAAGAAUGAGGGACAGGUAACACUGCAUUUAAAUCUGCUUCAUCUGUUUCUGCUCUUUAUCAUAGCUAAUCAACGUUCGUUUUAUGCAUUUCAAGUUAUUUAUGUGUUUAAGUUGUAAUCCCUCACAACAAAAAGAUGGAAUUCAAUUCAGUUUAUUUAUAUAGCGCCCAUUCAUAACAAAUGUCAUCACAAGGCACUUUAAAAUUCAGCCAGAUCGUACAGUCAAAUUGAUUCAAAGUUUUCUUUUCUAAGGAAAAUCAUUUGAUUGCAUCAACUUGAAGGCAAUCCUUCACACUAAGCAUGCUUGUAGCGACAGUGGAGAGGAAAAACUCCCUUUUAACAGGAAGAAACCUCCGGCUGAACCAGGCUCAGAGUGAGCGACCAUCUGCCGAUUUUUCUUGCUGCUGUUCUCCCUCAGUGUUCGUAAAGCUGGUGCUCAUAAAAAGAUUCCCCUAAGAUACCAAAAACCUUUGAAUCUUUUAAUAUGUUAUAAAACGGCUAAGUUAGCUCUUCUGAGGGCUCUAAAGGUUGAACAAAAAUAAACAUACAUGAUUCUAUUCUAAAGGAAGUUUAUUUAUUAGGGUGUACCUGAUGUCCUGAUUCAUUAGCAGCAUCUGAAAUGGAAAAUUGAAGCCCUGUGCAUGUAGAAUAUUUAGACGCAGUAAUUAGGAUAUCUAAUGUAGAAAACAUUUUUCUCUAACAUCAUCUUACUUUUCAUUUGCUUUUCUUGCAAGCCACACCCUGCAGUUUCUUUUUCUCCUUCUGGUGCCUUGGUUUUGGUCUUCUCCAAGAUUUUUUCAAAUGGCAGUAAUUGUUUAGACACUGUAGUUUUUAUUUCAUUUUUUUUAAGCAAGCUCUUAACUUGGAUUUAAGCACUGGUAUCCAAUUUUGGUCAAAUCUUUUCACCUUUUAGUCUAUUUGCCUUGUAUAACUUUAUGGAAAUGAACUAGACCUGCACCCCAGCAUGCCCUGAAAUGUUAUCUGCUGUAAUUAACUUUGAUUAUUACUACUGUAUGAAAAUCAUGAGAAAUGAAGAAGUUUAACUGUACGCUGCUGUAAAGUUUUGACCUGCCAGAGGGCCUUGAUUGAGAUAUUUUAGUUACUAAAAAGUGAAAAUGCUUAAACAUAAUGUGACGUGGCAUUGAAGGCUGUAAAAUUGAUCUCCUAAUCUAUUUAAUUCACGCUGUGUAUAAAUUAUUGACCAUUGCUGUAUAAUAUUUUAACUGUAUUUAAGUGGUUUGCAUUUUCUGUAAAUCUCGAUGUCAUUCAAACACUCCUGAUAAUUUUUGUCCGGCGGUCCUCAACCUUUUAUGUGUUUUAUGCAAGUUGACCUUUUUUGACCUCCUGAAGAAUAAAAAAAACCUA